AUGUCCAAAUUGCGCUGGGCAGCCAUUUUUGUUGCUGCUGCGGCCGUCUCGGCCAAGGAUCCUGUACACUGGGAGAAUGUUACGGGGACUUCGACGAUUGUGUUUCCUACCGAUGUGGGCUUCGCCGGCGAUGAAGUGCCUGGGGGCCUUCCGUUCAAUGCCAUGGCUGAUACACUCGGCUCUGAGCAUGAGACAGUCGUGGAAAUGCGUUGGGUGCCCAAGGAUGCGGACACAUCGCAUGACUCGUGGAAGGAGUUGUGGUACAACCUAGGCGAGUUUGCUCCCUACCAUCCAGCGACCAACCUCUUCCCAGAGAUGGUGGAGUAUUCGGAUGUGCCCAGGCAGUGUACCAUUACACAGGUGCAUAUCUUGCACCGUCAUGGCGCCAAGUACCCGGACAAGGGCCACAAAGACGGACCAGGUAACUUUGGCCAGAAGAUUCGUGAUCAGAGAGAGGAUGACGACCAACGACUUGAAGUGUCUGGCGACCUUAUGUUCUUGGAAGAGUGGGACUACGACUUGGGCCAGAAAAUUCUUACGCAUGCGGGUUCGGAGCAAAUGUUCACGUCCGGCGUGAAACACUUUUACGACUACGGCCGCCUUUUGGAUGGCUUUCCACACAAGCCCGUGUUCCGUACGACGUCGCACAGCCGUGUCCUUGAUUCGGCACGGUACUUUGCACUGGGCUUCUUUGGCUGGGAUGCGACGGAGAAGUACAACUUGGAAGUGCUUACGGAGGAGGAUUUCCAGAACAAUACCUUGGCUCCGAAGAAUGCGUGCCGCAACGCGGACAACGACGACUACAUGUUCGGCGACUACCUCAGCUCGCAGUGGCAGCCUGUCUACCUUGAGUCACCCCGUCAACGCUUGCAGAAGGACAUUCACUCGAUGACAUUGUCCCACACAGACGUGUACAACAUGAUGCUCGCCUGUGCAUACGAGACCUAUGGCGAUGGCUUUUCUCAUUUCUGUCCUCUCUUUACCGCGGAGGAUUGGCGCAACUUUGAGUACGACCAAGACCUGCAGACUGUAGGUGAUCAUGGCUUCAUGAACCCUACAGGCCGCGCGCAAGGCAUUCCGUACGUCCAAGAUCUCGUGGCUCGUCUUAAGAAGCACACGUUUACCGGCCCAGUGACAGCGCAAAACAUGACACUCGAACUUAAUGAGACAUACACGCCGCUGGACCAGCCGAUCUAUGCGGACUUCUCCCAUCACAGUGUCAUCACUGGUGUGAUGACGGCGUUGAACUUGACGCAGUUCAAGGCGUACCUUGAUCCCACGCGUCCGGACCCGAACCGCGUGUACCGAACAAGUGAAGUGACGCCAUUAGCGAUGCGCAUGGCAUGGGAAGUAAUGGAGUGCGAAGAGAAUGGCGGCACCGAAAAGUACAUUCGUCUCAAGUUGAACGAUGUGGUGUAUCCUCUUGAUGUCUCCAAUGGAUGUGAGGCGACCUGCGAUGGCAUUUGCAGGCUGGAUGACUACAUUAACCACCUGGAUCAGUAUGCAUACGAUGCCUCCAAGUUUGAUCUUGUUUGCUUCGGGCAGAACGGUACGGACUAUACUAUCACAGGGCCUGUCCAGGAUGGGACCAUCCCUGACGAAGAUAUUCAUUACUAG